AUGAGCUAUGGGUUUAUUAUGGGACUUUGCAUGGCCUGUACAAUGCUCGGGGUCUCUAUGAAGGUCAAUGCAGUGGAAAAGAUGAUUGCAGAAGGCCCGUUGUCGCUAUAUGACGUCAUCAUAUACAGGCCUAAUAGUGGUCCGCUAAUGCUCCUAGCCAUCUAUGUACUCCGAAGGCUGGGUCCCUACAGUCUGCUUCUUCAUUUCCUUUGGCCGGUUACCCUUGAUCUUGUCGUUGGAGCCUUGUAUGAGCACACAGCAAAGAAGUUUUUUAGAGAGAUGGCUCGGUUGCUUAACCGGUAUCUCAAGGAGCCCGACAAGCAGCCCUAUAAACGUAAGACUCUCUCCCUAGUAGUAUCUUGCUUCACAGCUCCCGGGGUCUCUGUUUUGGUCUACAUUCAGAGGAAGAUGAUGAUCACGGAGCUUUUCCUUCUCAAUGUCUACUUCUACUUGCUGCAGGGCUCCCAUGCUCCAUACACGGCCUGCAUCAGCACGGCCCUGGUAAUGUUAGACUCUAAUUACUUUCCGAUAGCGGUGUUUACCUCCGUUUACUGCCUCUCAUGGACGUUCCUUGUGCCACGAGCUUCUACGAGGCGCUACAGGAAUUACAUAUUUAAGGUUGCUGGAAGACUUCUGCACAUUGUUAUUCUUCAACUGGUCCUUAUUGCAGUGCUCAUUGUCCCUUUUGCUCUGAUGCAUGAUGAUCCUGCAGAACUGUUAGGAUUUAUUGGUAGCAGGUUGCAUGCCAUGUUUGUUGUAAGACCAGAAUCGGUGGCACAUUCCGGAAACAAUAUGCACGACCCUCACUCCAUACCCCUUCCUUCCUUCUGGGACAUUGUAUGCUUCCUGAAGGCCAUGACAUCGGGCAGAUUUGAUGAUCUAACAGAUUACAUAGAAGAUAAUAGUCUUUGGGUGUGGAGCGCAGUGACCGUCAUAAUAUUCGUUGGGAUUAAUCUUUCAAUCAUGUUCGCGUGGAUGCGGCGACACGCAAGUGUAGAACCCAUACAUCAAGUCCUAUUGUGUUUUAGUACACUAAUGAGUUUCGUUGUGUUUAUCCCAGAGCGGAGUUUCACGAUUAUUUUGCCGGUGUUGACAGCAAUAUAUUACAUUUUAUUGGAUCUCAUUUCCACAACCUCACAAACGGCAACACAGAAGGGUCUGGAGCAUGCUGUGGCAACGGAAAGGACGCAUCUUGGUUUGCACCCUAUUGCUACCCAGCGGGGGUUGAUGAGACAAAGCAGGGUGACAGGAAGGUGCAGAUGUACAGGGACAAGCACCAGCCUGAAGGACGUAGUCAACAUUAUUCCUACUAGCUUGGCAUCUAUCAGCGAUACUCCAUUUGCCUGUUUAAAGAACGAAAAUUCAAGCUUUGACACUGGUACCAGCACCAACAACGAUCCUCAAAAACAGCUUCAUCAAAAGUGGUUGAAGAAUUAUAACAAUCUUCGCUACAAGCAUCUUUCACAGAAGAUUUUGGCAAAUCGUAAUCACAUGAUUACACACCCCUUCAAUGACCUCUUCGUGACCAAUGAUCUGAUUCUCGGUAGCAACGUCUAUAGAACUUUAAGCACAAGGGAUAAGUGGAAGAGAGCAGAUCAGACGUCGAAGAAUAGAGCAGAUGAAAGUCAAUCAGCGCUCAAGUACAUAAGGGACGAGAGAGCGGAUAGUCUUUUCGGGAACGAUGAGGCUCUAUGCAGUUGUUUCUCUGGAACGCACCUGGCGUACUUCAACAAAAACAUCAGAAACGGAAUAGACACGGCCGGGUCUCACUUCUUGGACUUUCUUGAAGAAUACAGAGACAGGCUCUCUCACUUGCUUCCAUUGAUUCUCCAGAUGCUUUUUGCCUUCUACAACAUGUAUUCAUCCGUCCAGAACACGGGAAUAGUGCGCAGGUAUAGCCAAGUGUUUAACGUAGCGUCAUUCCUUGCGCUUCGCAGGGCGUUCAAAGAGAACGAGAAAACCUUAAUGUGGUCUCUGCCGUUCUUGUGCAUUGAUCUCUUUGGAGUGGAGUGGGUUCUGCUCAACAGAGGCGUCAAGAUGAUUCUGGCCCUCUUUAUGAUCAUGUGCAACACGGCUCUUCUGGCAUUUGUCGGCUUUAAGUUUCUGGAAAUUUAA